GGGAGGAGAAGAUGGAGGAGGAGGAGAUGCACGAGGAGUUGGAGGAGGAGACAGAGGAAGAGGACAACAUACACGAGGAAGAGUAAGGGAAGGAAAAGGAGAACAUGGAGGAGGAGGGGUAGGAGAUGGAGGACAAGAUGAAGGAGGAAGAGAUGGAGGAGGAGAUAGAGGACGUGUAGAAAAAGAUGGAGUACAUGGAGGAGGAGUAGAUGGUGGAGGACAUGGAGGAGGAGUGGAUGGUGGAGGAGCAUGGAGGACAUGGAGGAGGAGAAGACGGUGGAGGAGGACAUGGAGGAGGAGUAGAUGGUGGAGGACAUGCAGGAGGAGUAGAUGGUGGGGGACGACAUGGAGGAGGAGUAGAUGGUGGAGGACAUGGAGGAGGAGUAGAUGGUGGAGGAGCAUGGAGGACAUGGAGGAGACUGGGUGAAGGAAGGCGGGGCAACUCCUUUGUCCGUUGCCGCCUAUGCCAGGGGGUUUUCACCGGUUCUAGGUCUUGUGGAGUUGAGCACUUCACGAAGCAGAAGACACACUACCCGCGGCGGAGUGCAGAGAUUUUGUACAAGUUGCAAAGUGCAGGGGCAUUCCUUAAGGAUGCCAUCCCGCAGCGUCUCGCUUCGGAGUACGCGGAGAGGUUAGAGGGUGAUAUGGCUGCAGACGACCUCCAUCAGUACAUGGAGGCGGAGGGGGGUGGAGAAGCAGCGCAGUCACAGCCUGGGGCACCCUUGUGGGGUAGAGGAGCGGAUGGUGGCGAUGUCGGUGGGGGGACAAUCAGAUUGGCGGGCGAUUUGAAUCCUGACCAUCGGCGCGGUGGUAGGGCACGUGACGACACUCAUCCUACGGGUUUUGAGGACGUGUUACCCCGUGGAGAAGGUGUCAGAGGUGUGGACGACGCUUAUCAAACAGGUGGAUGUAGUGUUAGUAAGGUCCCCGCCUCCACAUCCAUAGUGCUGAUGCGGCAGUCGACUCUGGAUCCACAUAUAGGGAACAAGAUCCAGAUGGAUCUUGACGGUUAUGGGCUCUCACUAUCUAUCGUGGCAGAGUGGCCUUCAACUGGCUGCGGUUAGCUGAGACGGGGCAAUUGUGACACUACAUAUGCACUCUAUUCCGUCCCACGAUAGUACCACUUCCACGACUCCUCUCGUGUGAGGGGGUGGAGAGGUGCAGAAAAUCGAGAUUGAACUGCUUUUCUGCAUCUCUGCUUAAAACACGUCCAAAUUCAACAUAUUUAUCCAAACCUCUUUGCUAGUGGGACCUCGCCCCAAGGGUAGUCAUUGAGCCUGGCAAAGGUAGGACACUCUACUCAAUCAAUCCUAAUAUACUGA